CAAAAAGCAAAAAAGAAAUGGCAUCUUUUACAAUUAAAGUCCCUUGUUCGUCCGCCAAUAUCGGCCCAGGAUUCGAUGUUAUUGGCUUGGCGCUAUCGAUCUUCCUUGAGUUGCAUGUUACUGUUAAGCCUACCCCAGCAUCCAAUCUUCGAUUAAAUUGCGGGAUUACUUACGAAGGGGAGAAUCCUGAUGAAGUCAGCCUCGACCCUGAAGUAAAUUUAAUUACCAGAGUAGCACUAUACGUGCUCCGGUGUCACAAUCACCAUGCAUUUCCUGACGAGUGUCACGUCCAUAUCAAAAACCCGAUCCCAUUGGGGCGUGGGUUGGGCUCCAGCGGUGCUGCUGUGACCGCUGGUGUUGUCUUAGGCAAUGAGGUUGGUAAAUUGGGUCUGGAUAAGGCCAGAAUGCUAGACUAUUGUCUCAUGAUCGAGCGCCAUCCAGAUAAUGUUGCCGCAGCCCUAUAUGGUGGCUUUGUUGGCACAUACCUGAACGAGCUAAAGCCAGAGGAUCUAGCAUGGAAGGAGAUUCCUCUAAGUGAGGUACUUCCUGCUCCCGCCGGAGGAAUAGAUACAGGCAUCAAACCACCAGAGCCGCCAAUUGGAAUUGGACAUUACAAGAAAUUCCCAUGGGCAAAGGAAAUCAAAGCCAUUGCCAUUAUACCCGAUUUUGAACUUCCCACAGCUAAAGCAAGAGAAGUACUUCCUCAAACAUAUUCGAGGGCUGAUGUUAUAUAUAACCUCCAGCGUGCAACCCUACUCCCCUCAGCAUUGGGCCAAUCUCCCCUGGAUCCUGACAUGAUCUAUCUCGCUAUGCAAGAUAAGGUGCACCAGCCCUAUCGAAAGCACUUGGUCCCUGGUCUGACGGAGAUCUUGAAUUCGAUGAACCCAACUACUCAGCCAGGCCUGCUUGGUAUUUGCCUUUCAGGGGCAGGCCCAACUAUACUGGCUCUUGCGACGGAAAAUUUCACACAAAUCGCUGAAAGAAUAAUAGAGAAUUUCAAAGCCAAUAAUAUCCAGUGUGAUUGGAAGGUGUUGGAUCCUGCAGAUGACGGGGCCAGCGUAGUUUAUAAUAGUUAA